CUGUUCUUCAACCUUAGAUACAAGCGAUAUCACAGUUCUGUUCCUCAGACAUGGCCGCAUUAAAAACUAGCUGUGGUUCGUGAAGUAUGGAAGAGGCUGGCUGCGCCGAACUCCACCGUACGUAGUAGCAGUUUCCGAAUAAUAUAUUCAUCACAACAGAUCACUAUGGGACAAUGAGAAUCCAAAACGUCGACUACGUAGAUAAAUAUGCCAGACCCUAGGAAACAAUCUGCCUACAACAAAAGCAAAACAACACCCACGAAUCUCUGUGCCUGUGCAGCUCAGAGACAGAAGUAGGGGAGCGACCAGAUGUGACCACUAGACUGGUGUCUUGCUGUGGGGUACCCACAUAAAUAAAGUAUUUAAGCACCCCUAGUCUCCCCAACUCACACUUACCUUGCAGGUUCCACUUUCACGACAACCGCAGUCAUAAAUCGCCCCAAUGUCGACACACACGCCCAUUUCGGUUCCAUCUGGUCCUCUUUACGACCGUAAUGUCAUCAUCGAAAGUAUCAAGCAGUAUUUCGAGCUGCUUUCACGAAUGGUCUCGUUCAGACCCGAGUGCAUAAAGAGCCCCCCUAAGAACGGAUGGAGCGAUGACGAACUUCCCCUUGAGAAGUUCCGGAUCCUCGGGUUCAAUGAGAGGGUAGUUGACCUUUUACGCCACUUGCCAUAUGUGGAGAGCGAGAAGCCGGUCUACCCAUCCACGCAGAGCAUCAGCUACCUCAAAGACUCGUAUCUCUUCUCAGAACCCGAAGGCGAAUUCAGGACCAAGCAGCCACUUGUGCUUGAGCUCUGGCCGUUCGAAGGCGAGAAGAUUCAAGAGGGAAUCGUCGCCCUUUCAGGGCAGGCGGACGGGGGCUUAGCUAUGUGGUGGCUGCUCGACACCCGCACCGGCGAGGUCACUCCUCAUGAUGCGUACACACACGUGCCGGACGAAGAGAUACCCGAGGACGAGCCCUGGCGGACGGCUAAGCCACGGCCGGCUGCAGAGUACUUCAAAGAACUCAGAGAGAGCCUGAUCUUACUCGAGAUGAUUCCGAUACCGACGCACAUGCCCGGGGGAGACUGGAAAAUCUGGCGGCUGGAGGACUUUGGAGAGGAACACCGCCACUGGGUUCAUGAAGCUCAGGAUAUCUAUAGGGAAUGUGGUUGGCCCGCCGAGGAUCGGUUUGAUCGGUCAAAGUGUCGGAGUUUACUUAAGAAGAUGUUAAAGAAACGUUGGGACACAUCAAGCGAGGGGAGAAGUUAAAAGACUGUCACGGCCCUGCGUGGACAUACCCUGCUCCGUCCCAGCGAGCCUAGCCCUAUAAGGCUAGGCUCCGGUUAUGUACAUUAUGCCCAGUUUUGACCCACUUUUGCCCCCUCACCGCGGGAAUACAUGACG